GUGUAACACUUGACAACUGAGCAGUCGUUCAAAGUGUGAGUCAAAUGAAUGUGUGAUUUGUUUGUGUAUUUGGGCCGACAUUUGUUUAGUACACAAAUUCACCUAUAAUUCAAUUACCCGGCUGUUAGUGUGGGACAGACAUGUACUCAGACGCCGAGUGUGGUCAGUACGGCGCGGGUGACGCCUACGAGGGACAGGGAUUUGGCACCAGUUUCUCCACCAAAGCCAUCCGUUUGGCAUUCAUACGCAAAGUCUAUGGCAUACUAUCCGUGCAAUUGUUGAUAUCGUUUGGGUUUAUAUGUGUUUUCGCCAUUCCGGAUGGCAUGAGACAGUGGUCGAGAGAGAAUAUAUGGGUUUUAUGGGUUUCAUUUGGAGUGGCGUUCGCGACGAUGUUGGUGUUGGCCUGUUGUGGCGAAAUGAGACGCCAAACCCCACACAACUACAUCGCGCUCAUGAUCUUCACGAUCGCCGAGUCCUUCCUGUUGGGCAUAAUCUCGAGUCUAUACGAGUAUCAGAUAGUGUUGUCGGCGGUGGCCAUCACUGCCGUCGUAUGUCUGGCGCUCACAGUCUUUGCCUUUCAGACCAAAAUUGAUUUCACAGUCUUUAACGGCUUAUUGUUCGUCGCAAUGAUUAUAUUAACGCUCUUCGGCUUUGUUGCGAUGUUCUGGCGCUCAAACGUAGUCCAUCUCAUCUACUCAGCCCUCGGAGCCCUCCUCUUCUCGGCGACUUCCGGCCCCACCAGUGGGGGCCAAUACCUGGUGGUAGACACCCAGAUGCUGAUAGGCGGCACCCACAGCAUCCAGAUCUCGUCCGAGGAGUACAUAUUCGCCGCCCUAACCCUUUACAUCGAUAUCGUUCAACUGUUUAUCUAUAUCUUGCAUUUGGUUUCGGCCGCCUCUCGCAAUUGAGGGCCUGUCCCCUCGCAAACACACACAUACUGUACAUCUCAUACACCUCCAGUUCCCCUAACCCUUCAUCAAUGUCUAUGUGUGCCACAGGAACUGUACACCGCUUUCAAGAGAGAGACAGAGAGACAUACUUAGUAGUGGACACACAGAUGAUUAUGGGCGGCAGCCAUAAGGUCCAGGUGUCGUCGGAGGAGUACAUAUUCGCCGCGCUUACCCUUUACCUCGAUAUGAUCAACAUUUUCCUGUAUGUCCUACAUAUCCUGUCCAUCCUGUCUGACAACUGAUCCAACACUUCAAUUGAAUGGAAUUAGUCUCUCUCUCCCCCUCCCUUUCCCUCCCAGAGUUUAUAAUUGGUUAUACUGUACAGUAUUAUUUGCUUCCUUACACUCCAUGUGAAUUGUGAUUUACUUUAAUUCAGCAGUGUAUAUUUACGGUUAUUUAUAAUUUUCUACUCAUAAAAAGUAUAUUUUAUUGUAUGAAUAUAUUAUAUGUGUUUAUAAAAGGCUCACAUGAAUAACAAUAAUUGAACAAAAUUUCUAUGGAUUUACUGAACAG